AUGCUCCUGCGACCGCGGCACGUGUCGGCACCGGUGCCGAUCAUCGAAGAAGAUGGGAACAAGAAGAAGGCGCUGCUGCCGCCGAUGGCGACGAUCGCUGAAGACGGGCUCGGCGUCUUGCCGAUGCCUCCGACAGAGAAAGAUCGCAGAAAACGCAUUUUCAGGCGAUCAAAUCUCAAGCUAAAGCUGCACCUCGGUGGCUUCACCCGUACGCGAAGGAGGGCAGUGCUGGCCGCUUGUGGUGGCUGGUGCUUGCUGUCGAUAGGCGGCGCGUUCCUGUUUAUCUGGUUCCGAGCCGUGGCCAUGGCGAGGGUGGCCUCGUCGGCUAGUAGUAGUGCUGCUGUCGACCGUCAAGGCGGCAUGUUCACGAUCGUGGUCAACACUUUCGAGAGACCUAGACAGAUGGAAGAGGCUGUGCGACACUACGCGAAGUGCCCAAGCGUGGAGAGCGUCAGAGUUGCGUGGUCCGAGCCCUCCCCCCCGCCGGACGCGACCACGAGCCCGCUGCUUUUCGAUCAUCCGAGGCCCGUGAAGAUACACGCCUACCCGACGACGAGCAUCAACAACAGGUUCAUGCCACCGUCGGACCUGAUGACGGAGGCGGUCUUUGUCGUGGACGACGAUAUCGCUGUACCCUGCGAGCACCUCCUGUCUGCCUUUAAUACCUGGCAACAGCACCCGGACACCUUGGUGGGCUUCUUCCCUCGCUCGCACUCUUACCAGCCGCCAACGGCGGCAGGGGUGAAGGAGGACGGGGGCAACGGCAACUGGGAAUACCUCUACUUUUGGAGGGUGCUUUGGAGCAUGGAGUACAGCAUCAUCCUGACCAAGGCCGCCUUCGUGCACGCCAAGUACCUCGAGCUCUACAGCAGUGGCGGAGGCGAAGGUGGUGGUGGUGGCGACGUCACGGAAACACAAGAACGACGCCGUGAUGAUAGCGCCGGCUCCGCGUGGAGCGAGGCUACCGUCCGGGCCAUGGUCAAGACUCGGGCCUACGUGGACUCCCACCGCAACUGCGAGGACAUCGCCAUGCAGAUGGCGGUGACCUCUGUGUCGGGGCUGCCUCCCGUUGCCGCCUUCGCCCCCGUGGUCGACGUCGGCCUCUUCGGAGGCAUUAGCAUCGGAGAGGGCAGCGGGAAGUGGUGGCAAGCCCCCCACGCCAAGAAACGCUCGAGGUGCCUCGCAGAUCUCCGGGAAAUUUUCUGCGACGUCGCCGACGAGCCACUCCUGCCGCCACCGCCUUUUCCAGACAACAAGGAGCAGGGAGCGACAGACAGACGACGACCACGCACACGUCGUUGCGAGCCCUUGAUUCGAACCGAUCUCUUCGCCUCGACACCUCGCGCCACCGCCACCCCUUCCAUCAGAGGGGGUGUCCGUGGGAGGGGGGGGGAUGGUGAUGGUAAUAGUAGUAGAAGCGAUUUGUCGCGACUAUCGCGUUGGGGCCUGGCCGUGCGGGCUCCGACUCUGGCGGAGUUUGUCAGCGCGGACAUGCUCCUUGUCCCUGCCAAGCUCUGGAAGUGGUUCGCAAAGGAUGACAUCCGGGGUCGUCGAUGA